GCCCCGGCCCCGCCCACCAACCCGUCGCCGCCUCCUUGGCCGCCUCUGCGCCCGGAGUCGCCGGGUGUGCUGUAAGCCGGGCUUAGCGCCCCCUCCAGGGAGGGCAGGGCCUUGUCUGAGGAUAGAGACCCGGAGCACCUGCCCCAGCUGCCAGCCUGUCGCCCGACGUCGGGGAACCGUUCUCUGCCAGUUUUCAUUGCACAGACGUUUGUGGAGUGCUCACUAAGUGCUGGCAGUGUUAGCAGGGCUCUCGAUGUGCUCUCUUAUGUGAUAGCCUAGUCGCCCUGGGAGGAAAGUGGCUUAUUGCUUUUAGAACAAAAUGAGAUGCUUCCAGAACUUUUGUUAGUGGAAAAAAAAAACUGUUAGAACCUGAAAACUUUUCUAAAACAUUUGUCAGUUGAUGGAAGUAAGCACUUCAACAUAGAGAACUUCCUGCUUGCAACCGUGUGGAACCAGAGCUGUGGGGUUCGAUACACUAACCACUCAGAGCUUGUGCUCGUGGCCACUGUUCCGAGUGUCACGUCUGACCUGCCCGGUUGCAAGGUGUAAAGCCCUGAAGGAAAUGGAUUUUAUUAAGACUUCUGACUCAGACUGUUACUGCUACAAUAGAAAUUCCCAAAUGGAGUGGAAAUACAUGUGGUCAACUGUGCAGGUGAAAAUUACCAGUUCAGGCCUGUUCAAUAUUGUAUACAUCACAGAAAAAUAUAAUUGUCAGUAUCCAGAAACCAUUCUAUCUUUAAUCAAGUGUAUGAUUCAUAAUUUUUGGACACCAAAGAUGUCUAAUGAAAUAACCAUAAUCAUCAAUCCAUAUGGAGAGACCAUGUGCUUCUCUGUGACGCCUGUCAGGAAGAGAUUUAUGUAUACAAUUAGUGUGAAUCGAAAUCUUGUAGAUUUCCAACUCUGCUUUGUGUUUGUGGCAGGCAUUUUCCUCUUCUUUUAUGCAAAGACCUUGAGUCAAAGUCCUAUUUUCUAUUACUCUUCCGGGACCGUGCUAGGUGUUCUAAUGACAUUAGUCUUUGUCCUGCUGCUGGUGAAAAGGUUAAUUCCCAAGUAUAGCACCUUUUGGGCUCUAAUGGUUGGUUGUUCGUUUGCUUCAGUUUAUUUUGUGUACCGAUUCACGGAGGAUCUGAAGUGGCUAUGGGAUGAAAACAGAAUAUAUAUAUUAGGCUAUGUCCUAAUUGUGGGAUUUCUCAGCUUUGCUGUUUGUUACAAACACGGGCCCCUCGUUGACGAAAGGAAUGUGAAUCUUCUGACGUGGACGCUGCGGCUCCUGGCGCUGCUUCUGAUCUACUGUGGUGUCACUGUGCCCCAGUGCGCCUAUGCGGUUAUGAUCCUCAUCCUGUCCUCCGGGAGCCUCUGCUACCCAUUGAAAGCAUUCAGUUAUAUGAGGUGGAGGCUCCGGACGUGGCCGAGGGCGGAGCGGCGGGCGGCCGGGCGCCUCAGCGAGGAGGAGUACGGGGAGCAGGCGGCCGCCGAGACGCGCCGCGCCCUGGAGGAGCUGCGCAGCGCCUGCCGCCAGCCCGGCUUCCCCGCCUGGCUGCUGGUGUCGCGGCUGCGGGCCCCGGGCAGAUUCGCAGAGUUUGUUCUGGGCGGAAGCCACUUGUCGCCGGAAGAAAUCAGCCUCCACGAAGAACAAUAUGGCUUCGGGGGCACGUUCUUGGAGGAGCAGCUGUUUAACCCGACGACCGCGUGAAGCCGCCGCGAGCUUCCUUCUGGCCAUGGGCGGGUCAGAGCAGGGAUCCCCGACCCCGGGCAGGCCCGCCUGGGCAGCGCUGCGCAAACCCUGGACUGUGGGAACGAGUCCUCCGGGGAGGAAAACGGGACUGUAGGGACGCGAACUUUUCCUCCUGGUAAGUUCGGCUGCGCUGCACCGUAGGCGCCAGCAAGACUGACAGAGUCCCCGACGCCCCAGUGCCGACUGUCACCAGGACCAGGGAGGGCCCGCGGCCCGCAGGGAGCCCGCCAACGCCUGCCUCCUGCGCUCCAGAGGCCAAGUCCCCUCUCACCCCCAGGACCUGCGCCAGAAGACUGACUUGCUCUCCCUGUGCGUUUCCAGUUUACGGGCCGGAAGAGACGGGGUGCCCCGGCCGGUGUUCUCAUAAGUAUGACCCACAGGUGUCCCUAAGUGCCAGUCUGUGAAGGGACUGGGAGGCUGGCUGACAUGGAGGCAGAGGUCGCCGCACCCCAGGGCUGCCCGGGCCUUCAGGGAUGCCGCUGCUGCCCCACAGUGCAUCUCCUCAGGAGAAACCGGUGCAGCGCUCUCUGACUGACUGACUGACUGACUGACCAGAGAACCUCUCUCAGAUUUAUGCUCCGUGGAACAGUUUGCGAAGUGCUAGUGACGGCGGAAUUGAGGUUUGAGGAGAUUAUAAAAUCUCGUCCAAAACUACGAAACCAUUGAGAGGCCGCGCCGGGACUCCAGGCCUAGUGGUUCUGACAACUCAGGGUUAGAAAGAGACCUUCAAAGGUGAGCGGAGGGGCCAUCUCCCUACCGCCUGGGUCUCACAGUAUUAGUGACUAUUUUUUAUUUUUUAAUGGACAAAUAGCUAUUUUGAUACCUAUGACAGAGAAGCAUUUCCUUAGAUUGUAUUUUCAACCUUGAAAAAAUUUUUAUAGACUUAUAUAAAAAUUAGAAAUGAGAAUUAUUUUCUGUGGUUUUUUGAUAUGUUGAAAUUGAAGACAUUUAACUUUUUGUGACAUUUUGAGUUGACUAGUCCAUUUUAAAAAUUUAGUUUAUAUAUAUUUUUAACAGUUUCCUACAAAACAGAUCUGUGAUCUUUCUUCAGAGGACAGAUCUUUUUUUCUUGAUUCUCCAGAGUGAAAUGAAGCACUCUGAACUUUGACUCUGGGGAAAGGAGGCCAAAACCGAAGAGCUGAGAAAAGAUGUGAACAUGGCAAAACAUUCCUAGGGUUAAGAUCUGCUAAACUGAAUCGCUUUAAGAAUCAAAUACAGGCUUUUUUUUUUUUCUUUUUUUUUUUCUUUCUGUGAUGGGUUCUUAAAGGAUAGAGGCCUAGAGAACGAAGACUCUUACUAGAAGAAGGACACAUAGGAGGUGCUUUCCUGAGCCAAGUUCAGUAGCACGUUUCUAAAUUGAGUAAGAGCAUGGUUCCCAUUUGGAACUUUCUAGGCUGAUUUUCAAAUGAUAUUUCUCUUUGAAACAGUUUAUCAGUGUUCUUAAAAAUUUUAUUUAUUUAUUAAUGGGGGGGGGGGAGAGAGAGAGAGAGAGAGAGAGAGAGGAGGGGCAGAGACACAGGUGGAGGGAGAAGCAGGCUCCACGCAGGGAGCCCGACAUGGGACUCGAUCCCGGGACUCCAGGAUCAUGGCCUGGGCCACAGGCAGGUGCCAAACCGCUGAGCCACCCAGGGAUCCCCAGUUUACAGGUUUCUCUUUUUGCCAGACACCUUUUAAUAUUAGGAGCUUUGCAAUUUUUGUAAAAUCUACUAAAUUCAGUCUGUGCUUUCACACAAGCUGAUUUCAAAUAUCAAGGAAUCUUCCAUUCAAAUUUAUGUUGAUUAUGAUGUUAAUGUUUUGUAAGUAUAAACGGUUCCAACAUCA